CGCCGCCGCCGCUGCCGCCGGCGCCACCGCCCACUCCGGGCUGACUCGCAGCGGUCGUGCGGGGCUCAGACCACGGCCCGGGUGGACGAGCGCACGGCCAUGGCCCCGUGGCUGCAGCUCUGCUCCGUCUUCUUCACUGUCAACGCCUGUCUGAACGGCUCGCAGCUGGCCGUGGCGGCGGGCGGCCCCGGCAGAGCGCGGGGCGCGGACACCUGUGGCUGGAGGGGAGUGGGGCCGGCUAGCAGAAACAGCGGGCUGCACAACAUCACCUUCAGAUAUGACAACUGCACCACGUACUUGAAUCCAGUGGGGAAGCACGUGAUCGCCGACGCCCAGAACAUCACCAUCAGCCAGUACGCCUGCCAUGACCAGGUGGCAGUCACCAUUCUUUGGUCCCCAGGGGCCCUGGGCAUCGAAUUCCUGAAAGGGUUUCGGGUCAUCCUGGAGGAGCUGAAGUCAGAGGGGAGACAGUGCCAGCAGCUUAUUCUAAAGGACCCGAAGCAGCUCAACAGCAGCUUCAAAAGAACCGGAAUGGAAUCUCAACCUUUCCUGAAUAUGAAGUUUGAGACGGAUUACUUCGUCAAGAUUGUCCCUUUUCCUUCCAUUAAAAAUGAAAGCAAUUAUCACCCUUUCUUUUUCAGAACCCGAGCCUGCGACCUGUUGUUACAGCCGGACAACCUGGCCUGCAAGCCCUUCUGGAAGCCUCGGAACCUGAACAUCACCCAGCACGGCUCGGACAUGCAGGUGUCCUUCAGCCACGCGCCUCACGCCUUCGGCUUCCGCUUCUUCUACCUUCACUACAGACUCAAGCACGAGGGGCCCUUCAAGCGAAAGACCUGCAAACAGGAGCAAAAUACAGAGACAACCAGCUGCCUCCUUCAAAAUGUAUCUCCAGGUGAUUAUAUAAUUGAGCUGGUGGAUGACACUAAUACAACAAGAAAAGUGGUGCAUUAUGCUUUAAAGCCAGUGCACUCCCCGUGGGCCGGGCCCAUCCGAGCCGUGGCCAUCACCGUGCCGCUGGUCGUCAUAUCGGCGUUCGCCACCCUCUUCACCGUGAUGUGCCGCAAGAAGCAGCAAGAAAACAUAUAUUCACAUUUAGAUGAAGAGAGUUCUGAGUCCUCAGCCUACGCCACGGCACUCCCCCGGGAGAGGCUGCGGCCGCGGCCGAAGGUCUUCCUCUGCUAUUCCAGCAAAGACGGCCAGAAUCACAUGAAUGUUGUCCAGUGUUUCGCCUACUUCCUCCAGGACUUCUGUGGCUGCGAGGUGGCUCUGGACCUAUGGGAAGACUUCAGCCUCUGCCGGGAAGGGCAGAGAGAAUGGGUCAUCCAGAAGAUCCACGAGUCCCAGUUCAUCAUCGUGGUCUGUUCCAAAGGCAUGAAGUACUUCGUGGACAAGAAGAACUACAAGCACAAAGGAGGCGGCCGCGGCUCCGGGAAAGGCGAGCUCUUCGUGGUGGCCGUGGCCGCCAUCGCCGAAAAGCUCCGCCAGGCCAAGCAGAGCUCCUCGGCGGUGGCGCUCAGCAAGUUCAUCGCCGUCUACUUCGACUAUUCCUGCGAGGGGGACGUUCCUGGCGUCCUGGACCUGAGCACCAAGUACAAGCUCAUGGACCACCUGCCCCAGCUCUGCUCCCACCUGCACUCGCGAGGCCACGGCUUCCCGCGAGACCCUGGCCUCCCGCGAGACCACGGCUUCCCGCGAGAACACGGCCUCCCGCGAGAACACGGCCUCCCUCGAGAUCACGGCCUCCCGGAGCUCGGACACGUCAGCAGGAGGAACUACUUUCGGAGCAAGGCGGGCCGGUCCCUGUACGUGGCCAUCUGCAACAUGCACCAGUUCAUCGACGAGGAGCCCGACUGGUUUGAGAAGCAGUUUGUGCCUUCGCAGCCUCCCCCGCUCCGCCGCCAGGAGCCGGUCCUGGAGAAGUUCGACUCGGGCCUGGUGCUGAAUGACGUCAUGUGCAAACUGGGGCCCGAAAGUGACCUCAAGGCUGAGGUGCCGGCCCCCGGGUCACCAGAGGGGCAGCAGCUGGGCCCCGACGAGGCCGCGGAGGCCGCGGGCGCCCCGGUCCUGCAGCCCCUGCUGCGCGCCGGGAAGGCCGUGGGUGCCUCGGGCAUGCCGCGGGACUCGGGCAUCUACGACUCCUCCGUGCCCUCCUCCGAGCUGUCUCUGCCCCUCAUGGAAGGGCUGUCGGCGGACCAAACAGAAACGUCCUCGCUGACCGAGAGCGUGUCGUCCUCCUCGGGCCUGGGUGAGGAGGACCCUCCUGCCCUUCCGUCCAAGCUCCUUGCCUCCGGGGUGUGUAAAGCAGAACCUGGUUGCUGCAGCUACACUGGUGAACUCCACGCCGUCGCCCCUUUGUAACCAAACGGAAGAGUCUAAGCAUUGCCACUUUAGCUGCCGCCUCUCUGGUUCCCCAGCUCAUCUCUCUGGCUGAGUAGCCCACUUGGAGCUGAGGGUGUUUGGAGUGAAAUUCGUGCCAGUACUUGUUCUCCUUCCCUUAUCCUCAAACAGAUAUCUUGGCAAAGUCUCCAGUUUUCUAAAACCAUGUGGAGCUCGGAAAGGCAUGUCCAUAAGAUCUGACAACAGCUUGCCAUGGUAGGUUAGACCUUGGGUUAGAGCCAAUCCUGAGAGGUAGAGAGGAAACAUAACAAAAA